AAGUAGCCUCGCCCAAUGAAUUGGAAGUGAAAUACGUUGGGCAACUGAUUGUAUUCUGUUGCAGUAUGGGCAGAGACUGGCGAUUUUCGGGACGCUACCAGUCACCACACUUCCUCAGGUAUGUCUACUCCUUCAGCCACCACUUCUCUGGACCACCCCCAGCUGCCUUUUCCCGCCACUGUCAGGAGCAGGAAUCGAGAUAGGAAAGGGAGGCUUUGUGGUCGGCGUAUUUCACAGUAGCGCCAAGGUGCCAGGAUCAACAGUCAACCAAACUUGGCUUUGGACUGCAG